GUUUGCAGAAGUGUGACUUCUCACCUCUGCACCGUGGCGCAUGGAGACACUUGGGGACGCGUGAAAGCGCAAUUUGGCACCGGCUGCCAGGGCCCUGAUAAAUAGGAAGUUCCUGCCUUUAGUCUCACAUCCUCUGAGGACUUUACGCAGGACUGACCACUACAAGGAACCAUGGAGACUUCCACUAACAACAAUGGAUUAACUUCUGUUUUUACUGGAGACAACGUUACUCAGCACUCACCCGGCUGUUUGUGGAGACCGUGGACUGGAAUAGAGAACAAAACCGGCGCACAUAAGGCUCAUUCCAUUCACGGAGACCUUUCUGCCGCAAAGCCCCCCAAAAUUCAUCAGGUCAUUCACCCAGUGAAGUUGUACUGGCCAAAAUCCAGAUGUUUCGAUUAUCUGUACCAGGAUGCAGAAAUGCUCCUGCGCAACUAUCCGGUCCAAGCGACCAUCUGCUUUUAUGAAGACUCCAGCAGCGAUGAAGACAGCGAAGACGAAGAGGAGGAGAUGGAAAAGGAGCUGAACUAAAUGUGGCUCCCUGAAGCCUAUGAAGAAUGACUGCAUCCUGUGAUACCAUAUUUAUCUUAACUUAUUGCUGUAAAUAUAUGUAAAUAGACCCUUUUGCAUUUCUAUACCAAACAAGAAUGUAAAUGCUUAAAUUAUUCCUUUAACGUUUCUACCUCUUUUGUAAUUUG